AUGACAACUUCUGCGGAAUCAGUCGAUCAUAGCGUGAACUUUGCCGUUCCUAGAAGCUUCGCCACUACAUUCAAGGCGGCCGCCAAGGAGGCUCUCUUCCCCGACGAUCCGUUCCACGAUUUCAAGGACCAGCCAUUCUCCACCAAAACCAAGAAGGCGAUCCAGUACUUUGUCCCAAUCUGCCAGUGGCUGCCGACCUACAAUCUGCGCUUGUUCAGGUACGAUCUUCUGGCCGGAAUCACCAUUGCCAGCCUCGCCAUUCCCCAAGGAAUCAGCUAUGCCAAGCUCGCCAACAUCCCUGUCGUCAUCGGCCUCUAUUCAAGCUUUGUUCCUCCUCUUGUUUAUGCUGUUUUCGGUAGCUCAAAGCAUCUGGCUGUUGGAACAGUGGCGGCCUGUUCUUUGCUCAUAUCGUCGACGAUCGGAGACAAAGUGUCACCUAUUGAUAGUCCAGAGUUGUAUCUUCACCUGGUUUUUACGGCCACAUUCAUCACAGGUCUCUUUCAAACGGCCAUGGGCUUGUUGAGGCUUGGGAUAUUGGUGGAUUUCUUAUCCCAUUCAACAAUUACCGGAUUCAUGGGCGGCACUGCCCUUCUCAUCUGCCUGCAACAGCUUAAGGGCAUGCUUGGAUUGAUGCAUUUCACCACCAAAACUGAUGUGGUUUCCGUUUUACGUGCAGUUUUCCAGUAUAGAAACGAGUGGCGAGUAGAGAGCGUGAUCGUGGGUGUAAUUUUCCUGACAUUCCUCCAAUUCACAAGAUAUCUUUCGAAAAAGCAGCCAAGGCUAUUCUGGGUAUCCGCUGUAUCUCCGAUGGUGGUGGUGGUUACCGGCGGUCUCUUCGCCUAUUUUGCUCAUGCUGAGAAGCACGGGAUUCCAAUUAUUGGUGACCUGAAAAAGGGUUUAAAUCCUCUCUCCAUUCAAUACCUGAACUUUGACACCAAAUAUUUACUAGCCCCCCUGCAAGUUGGGAUCAUUACUGCCAUGGUGGCUCUUGCUGAAGGAAUAGCAAUUGGGAGGAGCUUUGCCAUAAUGAAUAAUGAACAGAUUGAUGGGAGCAAGGAGAUGAUAGCCUUUGGCUUGAUGAACAUUGUGGGCUCCUUCACUUCUUGCUACUUGACUACUGGGCCAUUUUCAAAAACCGCCGUUAACUUCAACUCCGGGUGCAAGACAGCAAUGUCGAACGUUGUGAUGGCCAUCUGCAUGAUGCUCACUCUUAUCUUCUUGGCUCCUCUCUUCAGCUACACCCCUCUCGUUUCCCUUUCCGCCAUUAUCAUGACGGCGAUGUUCGGUUUGAUCAAGUACAAGAAGGUUUAUCACUUGUUCAAGACUGACAAGUUUGAUUUCUGCAUUUGCAUGGCUGCUUUAAUCGGUGUUGCCUUCAUUAGCAUGAGCAUUGGCAUCAUGAUGUCAGUAGGGCUUUCUAUUGUUAGGGCCCUUUUGUAUGUGGCCAGGCCUGCUAGCUGCAAGUUGGGGAAGAUAAGAAACUCAACGUUGCAUCGCGAUGUGGAGCAAUAUCCCGAGGCAACCGAGCUGCCGGGAAUUAUUGUGCUCCAACUUGGUUCCCCUAUUUACUUUGCAAAUUGCACUUACAUUACUGAAAGGAUCUUGAGAUGGAUUAGAGAUGAAGAGGAAAAAAGUAACGAAAUUGGGCUGAUUGUGAUAGAUUUGGGAGGAGUUACAGCCAUUGAUAUAACAGGGGUGGAAACCCUAAUUGAGAUCUUAAAAACCUUGAAAGCGAGAGAGAUUCAGAUGAGUUUAGUGAACCCAAGACUUCGAGUUAUGGAGAAGUUGAUAAUAACAAAUUUCAUAGAGAAAAUUGGGAAAGAAAAUGUAUUUUUAUCAAUCAAAGACGCAGUAGAUGGAUGCAGAUUUGCACUCAAAAGAUCACACCAAGUUGUACCAUAACGGCGGAAUUGUGCAAUUGUUAAAUGUGUGUAAAUAUAAAA